AUGAUUGACGCGCUGGCGCUCGCCAGCGGCUCCUGGCUCGUGCCGCGCAGGCUGCUGAGGUUCGGGGCGCGCCGCUCGUCCCUGUGGCUGCUGCUGACCGUGUUCCUGGCCCAGGCUGGCAGGGUCGGGACCUUCGAGAGGUGGGUGUGGCAGCUCGCCGACGUGGUCCUGGACGCCUACGUGGUCGGCGCCGCCGCCGCGUGCCUCGCCGCGAGCCGCCUCGAGCUGCCGAGCGGCGCGUGGCUCCUGGCGGUGCUGGCUCCGUUCCUGGUGCUCGACCCCGGGGAGCUGGUCGCCAUC